GAACUCUAGAAAAGGCACGUGUACUCAAAAGCAAUGGCAAUUCUAUCGGAUUUAUGAUUUUUACAUUUCCUAUUUUAAAAGUAAUGAAAGCACAAAAAGAGAGAGAGAGGGUUACAGAGUGCGACGAUCACCUUCUACGUGUGGACUGAGAUAACGCCACGAAAACACCCAUCCCACUCUCCUCCCCGUUUAUUUGUGUUUUUUUUUUUUUUCAAACACCAAAACCCAAAGCUUCAGUUCCCCGUAAUCUGCCCAAUCAUGGACAUUGAUCCUCGUCAGUUCGAACACGUUCUAUGUCCCUCCAGUGGCCUUAUCUUCUUACAUUUUGGGGCUUCCAUCUCCAUAUGUCUUUUACAGGCAGUCAAUGACAAUGACAUCCACAACAUUGUUAUGUCAUAUCUUGUGCACAAUUGCUUUAAAGAAACUGUGGAAUCUUUUAUUGCUUGUACUGGGAUGAAGCAGCCUUCUGAUUAUCUUGAGGACAUGGAAAAGAGAAAAAAAAUUUUUCAAUUUGCUUUAGAGGGGAAUGCACUUAUGGCAAUUGAACUGACUGAACAGCUGGCAACUAACUUACUAGAGAAAAAUAAGGACUUGCAUUUUGAUCUUCUAAGUCUUCAUUUCGUGGAGCUUGUAUGCUCUAGGAAAUGCACAGAAGCUCUGGAAUUUGCACAGACGAAGUUGGCCCCUUUUGAUAAGGAGCAAAAAUAUGUUGAAAAGCUUGAAGAUUUUAUGGCUUUGCUUGCAUAUGAGGAACCAGAGAAAUCUCCAAUGUUUCACCUGCUUAGCUUGGAGUACCGGCAGCAUGUUGCAGAGAGUUUAAAUCGAGCAAUUCUUGCUCAUGCAAACCAUCCAAGCUAUACAGCAAUGGAAAGGCUGAUACAACAAACAACGGUAGUUAGACAAUGCUUAAACCAGGAGCACGUGAAGGAUGGGCCUCCGCCAUUUUCUUUGAAGGACUUCCUGAAAAGCUGAACAGGGGAAAAUUUGAAAGAAUUUCGGGGCAAGAAACAAGUUAAGGCUGCUUUGUGCGGAUGUGGUUUUGCUGUAAGGUUUGGUCGUGGUCGUAGAUGACAAUAUAAAGAUUUAUCUGCAUAUCUGUAAAGGUUGUGACGCUGGGAUACAUGCUGAAUGUUGAUGCACUUGGUUGAAGUUUGCCUCUUUUCGUGAAUGGCCUUUUAAAGCAGUGGAUUUACAAUGGGGGCAACGCGGGGUAGGCUGCCUCUGCCGAAAUCCUCAAAAACUUUUUUUAUAGUAUCAUGUAACUACCACUAUCAUGUAACUAUCACUAGAUGAAGAAAAAAUUUUACUAAUUUUGGUUUUGACUGGAAUUCAA